AUGGACCCAACGGUGGAUUCUGAAGAAGCCAUGGCGGAAGGAAAGCCACAGCCAUUCUUGGAUGAAUGGACCACCAUUUGGUAUUAUUUUGGUUCUGCCUACGACGGUCGUCAAGCUGGGCAACUGGAGACUUAUCCAAUUUCCAACUUGGAAAAUGAUACGUUCUAUCGAUUCUCUAUCUGGGACACAAAUGGUGAUGGGCUGUGCUGUGAAUAUGGCAAUGGAUGGGUUUCCAUCGAGGCCCAAGAUGACAGCAUGAUUUGGAGCCUCAAGGGAGACUUGGCGGAGGCACAGCCAACCACGGUCUAUCUAUUUGUGGAUUCAGAUGGAUUCAUUGAUGUGGUAGCUGUCGAAACACCACCGCCAACUCCCCCUACUAUUCCUCCGGCAUCAGCAGCAGCGCCAAUCCCUCCGACAGUGAAUCUGUUCGGGACAGACUAUGACACUAGCUCCACCACAACACUCAGUGUGGGCUUUGGUGGUAUUGCAGCAGAGACCAUUCCAACAGAGAUUGCUUGGCUGACUGCAUUGAAUUAUGUGAAUCUAGGUGACAACGAAAUCACGGGCCCAGUUCCCAGUGAGAUUGGAACCAUGACGGCACUCACAUUCUUGGAUCUAGGUCCCAAUGCCUUGUCUGGUACAGUGCCGACAGAGAUAGGACUUCUCUCAGAUCUCAAUUUUGCAAGUUUUUGGGACAACCAACUCUCAGGGUCUGUCCCAAGUGAAUUUGGACUGCUUACAUCAUUAAGCUCAUUGUGGAUUGAAGACAAUAAUUUCUCUGGGUCGUUGCCGGAAGAACUGGGCAACAUGGUUUCAUUGGACUUUUUCUACCUGGACGAUAACGAUUUCUUGACUGGCUCUAUACCAUCAUCUGUCUGCGAGCUUGACUUGAUUACGCUGUCCGUGGAUUGCCUCCAGUUGACAUGCUGUGAUGCCGUUGAUAUGGCAUCCCCAGGCUCUGUCAACCUUUUUGGAGAGACAUAUAUUAUCAGUUCCACCACGGGCAUCACAAGAACUUCGCGUGGGCUUACAGGAACCCUUCCGACAGAGAUUGGCUUGCUGACAGAGCUCCGACGAUUAGAGUUGCAAGUGAAUUCUAUAACAGGCCCGCUGCCCACCGAGAUUGGCAUGCUGACCAGCAUGACAUUCUUGAGUGUCAGUCGUAAUCAGCUGUCAGGGCAACUACCUAGUGAGCUCGGCUUGUUGACAAACCUUAAUCAGCUCUAUCUGUACGAAAAUGACUUCGCCGGUACCAUUCCAGAAGAGUUUGAGGAACUGACAGCCCUGGGCUGGCUACAGCUUCAAGACAACAGGUUGACAGGCACAGUUCCUGCUGGUAUUUGUGACAUAGAAGAUCUGAACUUCAUGGCUGAUUGUUUUGAGGUGACCUGUUGCGAUGACAUUGAGAUUGAAACCGGUCCAACUCCUGAUGGCUCUGUGGAGCUCUGGGGAGAGAUAUACAGCUCCAGUACCACAACACACAUCUUUCGUUCUUCCGAUUUCAUCAGUGGAACCAUUCCAACCGAAGUUGGAUUGGUGACAUCCUUGGAAGUCUGGCACAUGGGAAACAAUGAACUAUCGGGCACUCUGCCAACAGAAAUUGGCCUUUUGACUGCUCUGCGUUCUGUAAUCUUGAGUGAAAACUUGUUGACCGGAAGUAUUCCCUCCGAGUUGGGAUUGUUGACUGAGCUGUCAUUUCUGGCACUCUGGGAGACAGAACUGACGGGAACUGUGCCACCAGAGGCCUGUGCACUUGCAGGCUUGACUACUUUCUUGGCUGACUGUGAUGAAAUUGUGUGUUGCGACGAGCAAGAGAGUGCUCCAUUGCCUACUCCUGGUAGUGUGGAACUCUUUGGAAGCACAUUCAGCACAAGCUCGACCACACGAAUUUACCUUUUCAGCUCAAACCUUUCUGGGUCUGUCCCGACAGAUAUUGGUCUUUUGACGGCAUUGACCUACUUGAACUUGGGCCUGAACGACAUCAGUGGGAAGCUCCCAACAGAAAUUGGCAUGCUUGAUGACAUGGUUUUCUUUGGCAUCAGCAGAAACAACUUGUCAGGGCAGCUUCCGAGUGAGCUUGGCCUAAUGACAGAGUUGACAUCACUAUUCUUAUACCAGAAUCGGUUCUCAGGCUCAAUCCCUGCAGCGCUCGGGGAGCUGACCAAGUUGGAAAACCUUGAGCUGCAGGACAACGAUCUUACGGGAACGGUUCCCACUGGUGUUUGCUCUAUACCAGGUCUUGGUCCACUGGGACCAGAAGCUGAUUGCUUUGAGGUGACCUGUUGUGAUGAGUUAGAACCAGCAGAACCAGCAGAACCGGCAGAACCCAAUCCUGCACUUGCAGGUUCUGUUGAGCUCUGGGGCGAGACAUACAGCAUAAGUUCAACCAGAUACAUCUUCCGUACAAAUGAUUCGGUCCAAGGCGCCAUCCCAACUGAAGUUGGCUUGCUGACAUCCUUGGAGCUCUGGCACAUGGGGGGGAAUUCACUGAGUGGGACGCUGCCAACUGAGAUUGGCCUUCUGACUGCUCUGCGUUCCAUGAUCUUGAGUAUAAACUUGUUGACCGGAAGUAUUCCCUCCGAGUUGGGAUUGUUGACAGCAUUGACAUACUUGAGCCUACGAGACAACCUAUUCACAGGGACAUUGCCAACCGCCGUGUGUGCACUUCAGGGUCUGAGCCAUUUCAGUCUUGAUUGUACUGAAGUUGUUUGUUGUAAUGAUGUUGCUCUGCCACCAUCCCAAACCCCGGCUAAUGUCUUUCUGUUUGAUGAGUCCUACAGCAUAAGCUCAACCACCUCCCUUUCCCUGUCAAGUAGUGGUCUUACUGGCACAAUCCCACCAGAGAUUGGGAUGUUGACAGCCCUUGGAAGCUUGGUCUUGUAUUCCAACGACUUGACUGGACCUCUGCCGACAGAGCUUGGUUUGCUGACGGCCCUGACCUACAUGGACCUCUGGUCCAAUGAACUGACUGGCACAAUCAUUACAGAGUUUGCCAGGCUGACAGUGCUGUCUAGUUUGAGCUUGUACAACAACCAAAUCAGUGGAACUAUUCCGCCAGAGCUCGGGUUAAUGACAGCCAUGAGAAGCUUGACUCUGAGCUCCAACUUUCUCACGGGCACAGUCCCUGUGGAGCUUGGCGAGCUGACCCUUAUGACAUAUCUCUCUCUAUGGGGAAAUGACCUCACAGGGACUGCACCAGAUGCUGUCUGCAGUUUGCCAGAUUUGAAUGUGGUCCUUGAUUGCAGUGAGGUGGUUUGCUGUGAUGCUAUAUCCUCAGAUUCCCCUGGCACCAUUGACUUGUUUGGGACCACUUUCGACACUAGCGCUACUGUUAUUGACCUCAGCAGCCGCAAUCUGGAUGGAUCGAUGCCAUCUGAAAUCGGGCUUCUAACUUCUUUGACAACGUUGGAGCUGGACUCAAAUGACCUGACUGGAGAGAUUCCGUCCGAAAUUGGGUUGAUGACUAGCCUGGCAAGGCUACUGCUUUAUGCAAAUGAAUUGAGUGGUUCCUUGCCAACUGAAAUGGGGCGAUUGACAAGGAUGGCUCACCUGAGCCUCACCUCCAAUAACAUUGACAAUGCAUUGCCAAGCGAGCUUGGCAGGAUGACCGACCUGGCACUCUUUACAAUCAGCCGCAAUGCGGUCUCAGGAACCAUUCCGAGUGAACUUGGUCUUUGCACUCUAUUGAGGGAGUUGUACUUGUAUGAAAAUCAACUUACCGGUACAAUCCCUGAGGAGCUUGGUGACUUGACGGCAUUGACACGAUUCAGGUUGCAGAGCAACCAGUUAUCAGGCAGUGUUCCAAUUGAAGUCUGUUCAAUUCCAGGCUUGCAGCUGGCAGGACGCUUGGAUGCUGAUUGCUUUGAAGUUACCUGCUGCGAUGACAUAGAAGCAGUAGAACCCAAUCCCGCACCUGCUGGUCCACCGAUUCCCACACCUGCUGGUUCUGUGGAGCUCUGGGAUGAGAUAUACAGCAUCAGUGAAACCACUCAGAUCGGUCGAUCUUCAUCUGUAACACCAGGACCCAUUCCAUCCAAUAUUGGUUUGUUGACCAAUUUAGUUCUUCUGGAGCUUGGUGGUGAGGGCAUGUCAGGCACUAUCCCUACUGAAGUAGGACUGCUGAAUGCUCUGACUACGUUGGGCCUGCGAGUGAACCAGUUAACAGGCCCAGUUCCCAGUGAGCUUGGUCAACUGACUGCUCUAAGAGCGGUCGGUUUGGAUGGAAACAUGCUAACGGGGACCGUUCCAUCGGAGCUGUGCGAAUUCACAGGCCUGACCUUUUUGAGGGUUGAUUGUUCCGAGGUGUUUUGUGCUUGCUCCCUCUGUGCAUGUAAUGGGGUAGUCCCUGAUGAUCCUUCGCCUACUCCACCCAUCAACCCCGACAUUUCGAGCAGUCAAUCUGUCACCUUGUUUGGCACAAUUUAUGAUAUCGCCACAACCUCAAACUUGGAUUUGGGGUAUAAUCAAAUCACAGGAACCUUGCCGGCAGAAAUUGGAGCACUGACAGCAUUGACGCGCUUGGACUUGUUCGACAAUGAAUUCUCAGGCACGAUCCCAAACCUCACAGCCCUUCAGGAACUCACCUAUCUAGGCUUGGGAGGAAACAUUUUCACUGGCAUGAUUCCGUCCGGAAUCGGAACGCUGACAAAGCUGACGGCGCUCUUUGUGCAUUUGACGCUUUUGACUGGCUCCCUUCCAGAGGAGCUCGGUGACUUGACAAGAUUGUCUCGUUUGUGGCUGUAUGACACAGAUCUUGCCGGCAGCGUCCCUACCAGCCUUUGCCCUGGCUUGACAGACUUGAGAGUAGACUGUGACAAGGUGAUAUGCUCGUGUAGUUCAUGUACUUGUUCCUAA